AUGGAAACAGGAUUACCUCCCAGCUGGUCCAUUAAAGUGUCCAAGAAGCACAACGAGCCUUACUACCUUAACCAGGCAACCCAGGAAUCUACCUGGGAACCUCCAUAUGGCACUGAUACCAGCAAACUCGAAACUUACAUUAAUAAGUUCAAAGCCAACGGCAACAAGCCUCUUGUCAACGAUGACGGUAAAAUUAGAGCCUCCCAUUUACUUGUGAAGAAUGUCACAUCUAGAAAACCAAAAUCCUGGAAGAGUCCAGACGGUAUUGAUCUCUCCAGGGACCAGGCCAUUGCCAUAAUCAAGGGACACCAGAAGAGAAUCCUCAAUGGCGAAAUCAAGUUAUCUGACUUAGCUCAAUCUGAAAGUGACUGUUCUUCCCAUGCCAACGGCGGUGACCUUGGAUUUUUCGGUAAGGGUCAAAUGCAACCAGCUUUCGAACAGGCUGCUUUUGGCCUCAAUGUUGGUGAAUUCAGUGACAUUAUCGAAACCGACAGUGGUAUUCACAUUCUUCAAAGAACCGCUUAA